GGGUCUCAGCGCAACCUCCUCUCCCAGGACCAAGGGCCUGCUGUCCACAUCUCUUCCCUGAGCAUGGCACCGCCAAAAAAGUCUAAUGUGUUUGAUCUGGGCCUGGGUACAUGGAAUGCAAGUGCCCAACAGGAGAGCCACAGUGCUCAGGCACCUUCCAGGGCUGUUGGCAAGCUGCCAGAGUAUAAGGCAGUGGUUGUGGGUGCAAGUGGUGUGGGCAAGAGCGCACUGACCAUCCAGCUGAACCAUGAGUGCUUUGUGGAAGACUAUGACCCGACGAUCCAGGAUUCCUACUGGAAGGAGGUGACCCUGGACCAAGGAGGCUGCAUUCUGAAUGUGCUGGAUACAGCUGGGCAGACCAUUCAUAAGGCCCUACGUGACCAGUGCCUGGCUGCUGGGGAUGGUGUGCUGUGUGUCUUUGCCCUCGAUGACCCCUCAUCUCUAACCCACCUGCAGCAGAUGCGGGCCACCUGGGGCCCUCACUAUUCCCGGCCCCUUGUCCUUGUGGGCAACAAGUGCGACCUUGUGACCACCAAAGGAGAUACUCAUGCUGCUGCUAUAGCCCUCGCAAAGAGCUGGGGGGCCCCUUUCCUGGAGACCUCGGCUAAAACACGGCAAGGUGUGGAGGAGGCCUUUACCCUGCUCAUCCGUGAGAUCCAAAGGGUCCGGGAGGCUGAGGCAGCAUCAGGUGGGGCUAAGUCCCGGCACCAUAAGACCAUGUGCCACUGUGGCUGUUCUGUGGCCUGAAGGUCUUGGUCAAGAAAAGUGGACCAUCCCCCAUGCCAGGGUGAUGCUUCCUUGAUAUGACAACACCAAGCAAGUAGCUGUGAGACACUGGGUGUACUUGGGAUUGAUGGACCCCUCUUCUGGGGAGGUUUUCAAUUUGGUGAUGGGCUUUUUGUUAAUGUGGAACAUACUGUUGGUUAUGUUCUGUCAGGUGGAGAGAUUUUGUGCAAAACAAAAUAAAUGUUCUCAGGUUUCAAA